ACUAAUGCAAACCAGGAUAUCACUGAACUGGAGAAUAAAGUGGCAGCUUUGAAAUGCCAGUUUGAGAAGACUUUGAAUGACUCUACUGCAAACCAGAAAUUCUUGGAAGAGAACUUGGUGACAACAAAACAUGACUUGCUUAAGGUUCAGGAUCAGCUAUCCACAGCUGAAAAGGAACUAGAGAAGAAAUUUCAGCAAACAGCUGCCUAUCGCAACAUGAAAGAGAUUCUCAUGAAGAAGAAUGAGCAGAUAAAGGAUCUACGUAAAAAGCUUUCCAAGUAA